AUGGAAGUCAAAGCAUCAUUUAGCAAAGCCAGCAGGAUUCCUGAGACCGUAUCCACAUUAAUUAAUGAAGAAUUUGUCUUGGUUCAUCAGAAAUCCGAGGAUGCCUCUGGAAACAAUGAAAAGCCGCAGCGAAAGGUGUUUUCAAAUGGAGAUGAGGAGUUGGAGAAGGCAAUGGAAGAGAUCCUGCGGGAUUCUGAGAAAGACCAGUGUGUCACUGCACUCCAAGAAGGUUUCAGUGAUGCCAGUGGCCAGGCAGCUGCAGAUGGCUCAGCAGGACAAACAGCCCAGCCAUCUUUGCAGCUUUUUUUGGACCCUUCUACUACAGGUAAAAUCUCUGCACCAAGGCCAUGUUCUCCCAGUGAACCCCUGGAAGAGGACAGCGUGUUGUUUAACAAACUGACUUACUUGGGUUGCACAAAGGUGUCAGCCCCACGGAAUGAACCAGAAGCUCUACAUGCCAUGGCCAGCAUGAAGUCCUCAAGUCAGGCCCCUUUACCAGUAACCCUCUAUGUUCCAAACAUUCCAGAAGGCUCUGUAAGAAUAAUUGAUCAAUUGAGCAAUUUGGAGAUAGCCUCGUUUCCCAUCUAUAAAGUGUUGUUUUGUGUGCGGGGGCAAAAUGGGACUCCAGAGAGUGACUGCUUUGCAUUUACUGAGAGCAGCUGUGGAACAGAAGAGUUCCAGAUCCAUGUUUUCUCCUGUGAGAUUAAAGAGGCUGUCAGCCGAAUUUUGUAUAGUUUCUCCACAGCAUUCAAGCGUUCUUCUAAACAAGCAUCUGAUCAUGUGAAGGACUUUGUUCUUCCUACACCAGAUAGUGAUGUGUACACUUUCAGUGUCUCCUUAGAAGUCAAAGAAGAUGAUGGAAAAGGAAAUUUUAGCCCUGUGCCAAAGGAUAGAGAUAAAUUGUACUUCAAGCUUAAACAGGGAAUUGAGAAAAAAGUGGUGAUCACAGUUCAGCAACUUUCGAACAAAGAGCUGGCCAUUGAAAGGUGCUUUGGGAUGUUGCUAAGCCCUGGACGAAAUGUGAAGAACAGUGACAUGCAUUUACUAGACAUGGAAUCUAUGGGAAAGAGUUCUGAUGGGAAGGCUUAUGUCAUUACUGGAAUAUGGAAUCCUAAUGCACCCAUGUUUCUAGUACUUAAUGAGGAAACUCCCAAAGAUAAGCGUGUGUUCAUGACUGUGGCUGUGGAUAUGGUUGUUACUGAGGUGGUGGAGCCAGUCCGGUUUUUGCUGGAGACCAUUGUGCGUGUGUAUCCUGCCAACGAACGCUUCUGGUACUUCAGCAGGAAAACCUUCACAGAAACUUUUUAUAUGAAGCUAAAGCAGUUUGAAGGAAAAAACCACCCAAGUGCUGGAGAUGCAAUUUAUGAAGUUGUCAGUCUGCAAAGAGAAUCUGCCAGAGAGGAAGAAUUAGUCACCCCAACAAGUGGAGGAGGGCCUGUGUCAUCCCAGGAGGAUGAGGCAGAAGAAGAGAGUGAUAAUGAACUUUCCAGUGGCACUGGUGAUGUGUCAAAGGAUUGUCCUGAGAAGAUUUUGUAUUCCUGGGGAGAGUUACUGGGGAGAUGGCACAAUAACCUUGUUGUGAGACCAAAUGGAUUGUCCACUCUGGUGAAGAGUGGUGUUCCAGAGGCACUGAGGGCAGAGAUCUGGCAGUUGCUGGCAGGAUGCCAUGACAACCAGGCAAUGCUGGAUAAAUACAGAUUACUCAUCACAAUGGAUUCUUCUCAAGAGAGUGUCAUCAGACGAGAUAUCCAUCGUACAUAUCCAGCACAUGAUUAUUUUAAGGAUACAGAAGGAGAUGGUCAGGAAUCUCUGUACAAAAUCUGUAAGGCCUAUUCUGUCUAUGAUGAAGACAUUGGCUAUUGCCAGGGACAGUCCUUCCUUGCAGCUGUGCUUCUACUUCAUAUGCCAGAGGAGCAGGCAUUCUGUGUAUUUGUGAAAAUAAUGUAUGACUAUGGCUUGAGGGACCUCUACAGAAAUAACUUUGAAGAUCUCCAUUGCAAAUUUUUCCAACUGGAGAAGUUAAUGCAGGAGCAGUUACCAGACUUGCACAGCCAUUUCUCAGACCUCAAUUUGGAAGCUCACAUGUAUGCAUCCCAGUGGUUCCUCACUCUUUUUACUGCCAAGUUUCCACUCUGCAUGGUCUUCCACAUCAUUGACUUACUACUUUGUGAGGGUAUGAACAUAAUCUUCCAUGUGGCUUUGGCUCUUUUAAAGACCUCCAAAGAGGACCUUCUACAGGCUGAUUUUGAAGGAGCUUUAAAAUUCUUCAGGGUUCAGUUGCCCAAGAGGUACAGAGCUGAGGAGAACGCCCGGAGGCUCAUGGAACAAGCUUGCAAUAUUAAGGUGCCAACGAAAAAGCUGAAGAAAUAUGAGAGAGAAUACCAAACAAUGCGAGAGAGCCAGCUGCAGCAGGAAGAUCCUAUGGACAGAUAUAAGAGGGAAAACCGCAGGCUCCAAGAAGCAAGCAUGAGGCUGGAGCAGGAGAAUGAUGACCUUGCCCAUGAGCUUGUAACAAGCAAAAUUGCCUUACGGAAUGAUCUGGACCAGGCUGAAGACAAAGCAGAUGUUUUGAACAAGGAACUUCUCCUGACCAAACAGAAGCUAGUGGAAACUGAGGAAGAGAAAAGAAAGCAGGAAGAGGAAACUGCUCAGCUGAAGGAAGUCUUCAGGAAGCAGCUAGAGAAGGCAGAAUCUGAGAUCAAGAAAACCACAGCCAUCAUUGCAGAGUAUAAACAGAUUUGUUCCCAGCUGAGUACCAGGCUGGAAAAACAACAAGCGGCCAGUAAAGAUGAACUGGAAGUUGUGAAGGGUAAAGUGAUGGCCUGCAAACACUGCAGUGAGAUUUUCAGCAAGGAGGGGGCACUGAAGGUGCCUGCUGUAAGCAUGGACAACAAAGGCAUUGAAAGAGAUGAUGAGAAGGAUGCACUGAAGAAGCAGCUGAGAGAGAUGGAGCUGGAGCUUGCACAGACUAAACUGCAGCUCGUGGAAGCCAAGUGCAAAAUUCAGGAGCUGGAGCACCAGAGAGGAGCCCUUAUGAAUGAAAUCCAAGCUGCCAAAAACUCUUGGUUUAGCAAAACCCUGAACUCUAUCAAAACAGCCACAGGCACACAGGCACCCCAGCCACCCCUGCCUCCCAGAGAGGGCAGCACAUAGUUCCAGCUGCAGCCAGCACAAGAGCACAAAGGACAACACAGCUGAAACCUUGGAGGAUUGUUCCUGUGGUCUCUCCUCCUGGGAAAAGGACAGUGAGGCAGGAGUGCAGGCUUGAAGUGAAAUUCUUCAGUGUUUUUCAUUCAUUUUCUGAUGUGACCCUUUUCAAAGGGGAAAAAAAAGUCCUGGUUUAUGUUGAAUUCCUACUUCCCAUACUGCCUUGCUGAAAGCCACGUUCUGAUACCUUCGUACUUUUACACUUUAUUUUAUAUGACUAGAUGUUAAAUAAAUAUUUCAAAACUAGGUCUUUAAUACACAUCUAAUUUGAAAUUAUUUUUGUCUUGCAUAGAAUUUUUUUCUUCUGGAGGAAGGGAGAGAAUGGAAAAUGUACAAUACUGCAGCAUAAUCUAGGUGUAUAAAAAAUACACCUAGAAAGCACAUUGAGGAUAACUUAGGCCCUGGGACCAUCUCAGAAGUUUAUCACAGCAACUGUGUCCUGCAGAGAAGCACCUUUUGUAAAGCUUAGACCAUAGCAAAGAUAGGCUUGUGCUCUCCUGGCACAAUUGCUAUGGGCUUCCCUCACAGCUACUUAGUUUGGAUUGGUUUUUCUUCAGAAAUGCAGGUAGUGCAGGUUUUGUAAUACUAUUGUUUAAAAGCUAUUUACAACUCAACUGGAAUUUAACACAAAGUCCCCUGGUUCCCUUUUUUAAAAUUCAUGUUUAUAUUAAGAAUUCCAAGGAAUAAUUCCUUCCACUGGGAUAAAGGGAGAACCAUUUUGACGUGUACUUGAUGUUUUUGCUGAGAAGCAGAGUGGAGACCUUGCAUGGUUCUGACCUUUUGUAAAUCCUGUGCAAUAAAGGGUGGGUUUUAUGUAUAAAGGUAAUGAAAACCUUGCCCUGGGUCUAUAGUCAGAUUCCAAAUUUGACACAGAAAUGAGGUAUCAGUUAAAUAAAACACUCAAAGAGGCUUGUGCUGCACUGAUGAAUAAAAUACCACAGAAACAAGAUCAGUUUGCUGGAAGUGUUUGGUUAGGAAACACUUUGUUGAUAUUACUUAUUUUUAUAAAAACAAGCAUUUUCAAGUGGAAUACAAGCCCUAGACAUUCCUGUGGGGGUAGACUUCUCUGGUGAUUCCCAAAGCAGUCUGGUUGUUUUUUAUCUCUCAAGGUAAGAAACUUCAAAAACAUUUGUUUUGACUAAACAUGAAGUGUCCAUAGAAAUACUUAUUUCAUGGAAAAUUAAACUGUUGCUUGAACUGAUGGAAUAUUUUUUUAAUUAUAUGUGUCAUGUCAGAAGAUGGUCUUGCAGGUUAAUGUCAUUGCUGGACUAAAUGUGUAUUAAUUGUUUCAUUUACAAGAUUUUUGCAGGGACUCUAGUUCUGUUUUGAUUUUUUUUUUUAAUUCUAAGGAAUGCCAUAUAUUGUCGGUUUUGUACAAUAAAAUUUAAUAGUACCCAUCUUGUGCUUUGUUGUCAAGCAUAAUUGUGAAUUAUUUUCAACAGGGUAGUACAAAUUUAAUGUUAUCAGUGCCAAAGGAAAGAGUCUAAAAGGCAGUCAGCUUGAUAGAAGUUGGGAUCAAAAUAUAAUCACCAUCCUGACACAGCUCUGUCUUCUAAGAAUAAGGGGUUACAAAGCAUUAAUAUUUUACAAUGUACCUUUAAGAACAGUGAUUAUCUGGAAUUACUAAUACAGUGAGGAACCAAAGGGGGGGAAACAGAAGGUAUUUCUUUUGCAAAUGUUAUCAAAGGUCUUUUUCCCUUGUCACUUUCUUGCUUACAAUAUUUGCAUAAAUGUUUCCAUUCUCUUGACUCACUAAACCCAGUGUUAGUCAUUCACUUACCAGUUCCACUUCACAUUCAGAAUGUGAAUCUGAAUUAAUGAUAAAUCUGAAGUGACAUUUAAUGAUACCUGGUGAACAUCUGAUUGUUGCAUUUGAGAGUACAGUUCC